AUGGCGUCAACUCCCUCUACUAGCGUGUUUACACGCUUUCAGCAGAGCCUCUCCUCUGUGGCUGGCCUGCCUGCGGGCGUCCGCACCCUUAUAGGUAUGCUGCUAGUGGUAUCUUGUGUAUUGGCCGUGCUUCGUGCAAUGAUUUCGACCAAACGAACAGGUGCUGCAGGUUUCCCAUUUUUCGUGCUUGUUCCUGGUGCUAGUUGGGCUUUCCCAUGGGUGAUUCUCGUUGCUGGGUUCUGCGCCACCACUUGGAUUGAAGGCGUGUACUAUGUGCUGGUUUUAGGCCUGCUAGCGCCGUCGUUGGAAAUGCAAUGGGGUCACAUUGAACUUCUUCAGUUCUCUGCGGUGGUCAUUGCGGGUACCAAUAUUCUCUCAUGGAUCCUAGCGCUGCUUGUCGGCCUCGUUACACGCAGUGAGCAAAUGCUGUUCCAUACACAUUUUGAUGGUAUGCAUGGUCUCAUUACAGGAUUCCUAGUAGCCUAUGCGCAGAUUAUGCCAGAAGUACGCGUGCCAUACAUUCCCAAGCUCACAGCACGAGACGUACCGAUGCUUGCAGUCGGCUUGUCGAACAUUCCGUGCAUCCUGGGCUACAUGGCCCCCUUUAUUCAAUACCAAAUCGCAUGGCUCGUAUCCUGGGUUUACCUGCGAUUCUACCAAGUCGGUCAAGCUGGCCAACGUGGUGAUGCCAGUGAUGCGUUCGCCUUUGUAACCUGGUUCCCGCCCUUUAUUCAUCCUGUUCUGGGGCCAGUAUCUCAAUUUGUGUAUAAGAUGGCAUCUUCAUGGCAUCUGGUUCCUUUGCAAACGGGCUACAUGGAUCUUGAGCUCAGCGUGCAAGAGCCUCAUGCCGGUGGUGCACGGGAAGAAGCAGAGCGACGGCGUACUAUGGCCUUGGCUGCUCUAGAUGCGCGCUUGGCAGACUCAGCGUCCUCAAAAGCACCACCUACUGCCACAUCAUCUCAAGACGAGGCGUGA